CCAAAUUUUUGCCAAAUGUGCUCCAAUCUCCCAUGGUACACCUUCAUGGAGUCGUCUUUUCACGCGAAGCCAUAAAUGGAUGCACAAAGAUGAGAGUUCUGGCGCCAAUUUCUCAGCGAUUUAUAAGCAACACAAAAUUCUCUCUCUCACUUCAAAAUUACCACUCUCUUCAACUUCCAUUUCUUCUACAAACUCCUUUUAAAUUCCCAUCUCUCUUAAACCCUCCUAAAACCCUACGUUGUUUCCUCCAUUGCAGAGCAACCAUGGCAGUUGAACCCACCUCAAAUGUUCAAAUUAAAGAUGAAAUUCAUCUGACGGAGAAAGAAACCCUAAUUUUUAACCGCCUUAAAGAUGUUCUUCAUCAUUUUAAUCUCAACACCCAGCUUCGAGUUGCCGGUGGUUGGGUCCGAGAUAAGCUUCUGGGCAAAGAUUGUUAUGACAUUGACAUUGCUAUAGAUAACAUGAUGGGUAGAGAGCUUUGUGAAAAGAUCAAUGAAUACCUGUUGAAGACUGGAGAAGAUGUUCAAGGAAUUGGCGUUAUUCAAUGCAAUCCUGACCAAUCAAAACACUUAGAAACUGCAAGGAUGCGCCUUUUUGAUCUGUGGAUUGAUUUUGUAAACUUGAGGGCAGAAGACUACAGUGAAAAUAGUCGCAUCCCUACCAUGAGAUUUGGCACUCCGGAAGAGGAUGCUUAUAGGAGGGAUUUGACUAUAAACAGCUUGUUCUACAACAUUAAUACCGAUUCGGUGGAAGAUAUUACUGGAAGAGGCAUUGCAGAUUUGAAGUUAGGAAAAAUAGUCACUCCUUUGCCCCCGAAGGAGACGUUUUUAGAUGAUCCGUUGCGCGUGCUCCGAGCCAUUCGUUUUGGAGCAAGGUUUUGUUUUGUGCUAGAUGAGGGACUAAAGGAAGCAGCUGCUUCUCAUGAUGUGAGAACUGCCAUUGCGGACAAAAUCAGCAGGGAAAGGAUAGGUCAUGAAAUAGAUCUCAUGAUGGGAGGAAACCAACCUGUUAAAGCAGUAACCUAUAUUUGUGAUGUGCAAUUAUUUUGGGUUGUUUUUAGUCUUCCUUCCAAUGUUGAGCCAUCACCAGCAGAAGCAUCUCAUAGGCUUUGUCUUGCUUUCAUGGAUUCAUCGUGGAGACUUAUUCAGUCACUGGAAGCCCUUGUCUUAAAUGUCAGGCUACAUGAUGAACAGAGGCGACUCUGCUUAUAUGCUGCUUUAUUUCUUCCAUUAAGGAGCAUGAUAUACCGAGAUAAGAAGAAGAAGAAGAUCCCCGCCGUUGAUUACAUUUUCCGAAGUUCUCUUAAACUUAAAGCGAAGGAUCCUGAAACAGUUAUCAGUGUGCAUCGUGCAACAGAAAAAUUCAUACCAUUGAUUUCUUACAUCACUUCAGAAAAGGAUGUGCAACAUGUUGAAGCUCAGUGCGGGAAGAUUCUUAUUGAUGUGCCUGAGACUUCAAAAUUAAGGAUAUUAACAGGCUUGCUUCUCCGGGAAAUCAAAGACUUCUGGCCAGUUGCAUUGCUUGUAUCCACAUUACUGUAUCCUGAUGAUGGUUUACCUGAAUCAUCAGUUGAGGACAACUUGAAGUUGGAGAAAUGCAGGGAGUUGUUUAAGCUUGUGAAGGACAAAAUUAUGAAACUAGGUCUUGAAAACAUUUGGGAGGCAAAGCCAUUAGUCAAUGGGAAGGACAUUAUGAGUAUCUUAAACCUCAAAGCUGGACCAAAUGUGAAAGAAUGGCAACAAAAAGUUAUUGAAUGGCAACUUGCCUAUCCUUCUGGAACUGCGGAUGAAUGCCAAGAAUGGCUGAGAGAAGCAGGUGCAAAACGUGCAAAGACAAACGAUAAUGGCUGCGCUGAUGUAACUUCCUGAGGGUAUGUAUGCUUUGCGAGCUUGAAGUUGUGAAGGAGCCCUUAAAUGAUGUCGGAUCACAAUGCUGCGUCCCUGGAGCCUCACUCGCUCUUUUCUCUGUCAACGAUUACGCAGACUUCAUCUGCCCAAGGUUAAACGAGUUCAAAGAAUUUGGGCCAAGAAUUUGAGUAAAAGUUGAAUGAAAGGAUUAGUGAUCAGCAAAGCUGAUCCAUUUUUGUACCAUUGACAAUUGACAUGUACAUACAAUGCUCUGAACCUUGUAAAAUAUAGCAAUUGUAACGGCAUUUUUGGUACAAUAUGUUAUGCGACUCAUGGAAUUUGAAAAAAGUAAUAAUCUUAAUUUCGUUUUUUUCUUCUUAA